AUGGCGACUACACCCGUCGAGCACCCCACGACAACCAGCGCGCUUCCCACGCAGCAAAAGCCCCUCCCGUAUGCCUUUGCCAACGGCCAGCGCACGCCGCUGUCGUCGCUUCUGCCGCCCCUCGUCUUCGGCACCGCCACCUUCAACAACCUCUACAACAAAGAUCCCUAUGCCCUCGACACGGUCGGCCUCGUCACCUCGGCCCUGACUCACGGCAUCCGCGCCUUCGAUACCUCGCCGUACUAUGGCCCGUCGGAGCAGCUGCUGGGCGAUGCCCUCGCCACGCCCUUUGUGCGCGAGACAUUUCCCCGCAACUCGUACAUGAUCCUGACAAAGGUCGGCCGCAUUGCCGGCGACGAGUUCGACUACAGCGCCGAAUGGGUGCGCUACAGCGUGCGCCGCAGCCUCGCCCGCAUGCACACCGACUACCUGGACCUGGUCUACUGA